AUGCACAACAAGACAUUGUACAUGCUGUGUAUCGAUUGUAAACAAUUGAUUUGUUCGAGUUGUGCGGUGAUCGAUCAUCAGAAACAUGAGUUGGACUGUGUAGAUGUGAUCAAACAGUUUGUCAAUGAGAAGAAGUGCAAUAACAGGUUUGAUAAGAGAUUGCAAUCAUUGUGGACAACAGUACGAGAACAGGCAGCAAUAUUCAAGUCAUUGGAUGACACUCGUAAACAGAUCAAUGAUCACUUCAAAGAGUUACACGAGCUCCUCAUCAUUGAAGAACACAAGUUGGUAUCACCAGUCACUCAACAGAUUGAUAAGACUCAAUCAUCAAUCGACAACAUCAUCGAUGAGAUCAGAGAUAUCAGUGCACUGUUCAAUCUCCCAACAAAAGUCAACAACAACAACAAGGAUGAUGAGCACUCAGACAAUUCGAUGGUCGGGAUCAUUCAAUCAUGCACAACAGUUGAUCAAUUCAUCAACAAGAUGUGCUCGGAAUCAAACAAAGACAUCGACUCAAGUGGCACCGAUCAUCAUCUUCUUUCAUUGGUCAAUCAGAGUGUGGAACGAAGCUCGGUGGAAUAUAAGGUCACUCAGCCCAUUCGUAUCAAGUUCAAUGAGGAUCAAAUCGUGUCAUUGAAGAGACAGCUCCAAACUGUAUACACAUUAUGUGGACCGCCCAAUGUGGACUCGAGACUUGGAAAGGACUUGAUAUUCACCCUUGGAGUGGACUGUUCUUUGUUUGAUCCAAGCACAUCCGUGAGCAAUCGGAUGAAUGAUCAAAACAGGGUACCAAGGUGCAAGACGUCUGCUGUCUAUGCCAAAGGUCACCUCUAUCUCUUUAGCAAUGAGCCUAAGAAGUAUUUUCACUGCUCAUUAACUAGAUACUCCUUUGCAUCUCAACAGUAUACUAGCUAUCAGAUAUCUGAUUCCGGAGUAAGCUCAUGUGACAAACUGUUUGCAUCCUAUGACGGCGACCAGGUCAUCUAUUUGCUUGGCUCAAGGCAAAACAAUUACAACAGCACUCUGUCUAAGAUCAACAUUGAUACCCUGGAGAUCACUGUGAUCGCAACAUUUGAUCUUGGCAACAGUAUACCACAGUCAGUUUACUACUACAAUUCGCAACUCAUUGUACUUUUUGUCACAGGGCCGAUUAAAUAUAUCAAAUGUGAUGGUACAUUGUCUGGCAAUAUUUUUGCUAGUACUGAUCCGACAGUAAAGUCAACAAGCUACGAUGGUAAAGGAAGGCUGUACUUCUUCACUGAUCAAACCUUCGAUGAGCUCGACCUGGCAACAAAUAUCCGCUCGUCCCAUCCAUUCAACCAAACACCUCCAAUCUCCACCACUCUCUACUUUAGCGGAACAAACCGAGUCCUCUACAAAGGAAACUGGUCUAAUGGCCCUCUUGGCAACAAACAUGCAUGGUGUCUAGUGCGUGAUGUCCAACAACAACAAUAA